AUGGACGAUUUUGGGCACAGUCAGAAUCUGAAUGGAAUUUUUCCGGAUAAUUUUGGUCUGCUACCGAACGAGGUGUUUUCCCCGGAAGAAUCCGGUCAGUUGAACAAUGGGGGUGCAUUAAAUUCGAAUGAAAAUGAGGAUGGUCACGGUUCAUAUGACGGUAUGGCCCGCGGAGAUAGAGACGCACAUGACCGUGAGCACGGCCACGACUCUCAAGAUGAAACAAGCCAUGCGAGGGCAAAGAGGAAGAGGGCUAAGGGGGAAACCCUGGAUAUUUUGGAAAAAGAGUUUGAGACCAACCCGAGUCCUUCGAUCGAUCAGAGGAAAGUUAUUGCGAAAAUGAUAGAUAUGCCGAUGAAAAAUGUGACAAUAUGGUUUCAAAACAGAAGGGCCAAGUUCAAGAAAAACAGAAUGAAGAAUUUAGCAAACAGGCAAGAGGGAACAUCAUCCAUACAUGGCGGAAAUAGCUAUUUGGAUCUGAAUUUUUUUGACAGAAUUCCUCUCAACAUCAAUAAAAACUACUACUUCAUCGACAUAUGUUCGAUCACUGUGGGUGCCUGGAAUAGAAUGAAAAGUGGCUCCCUAUUGAAAAUGAAAUUUCCUCUGCUACAGAUGCUCAAGAAUCUGUCGCCACAGUCAAUAAAUUCUAUUAUGCUGAACUCCACAGACCUUCUGGUCCUGAUAUCCAAAAAGAAUUUUGAAAUCAAUUAUUUUUUCAGUGCAAUGGCCAACAGCACUAAGAUUCUUUUCAGAAUCUUCUAUCCCAUAGAUGCAGUAACGAAUUGUUCCUUAAGUUUGGAAUCCGAUGAUGCCAUCAUCAGAUACAAUCGGGAUACAGGGAAGCCCAUGAAAACUUCGGGCCGUGACAACGAGGAUAGCGAUGACGACGGUACUUUGAACGAUGAGAAUAGUAACGCAUUCGGUGAACUAAAGCUAACAGUGGAUAAGCCACCGAAUUUUGCUGUUUAUUUUUUGAAUGAAUCCGGUGCGGAUAACAACACGGCAAACCUUUGGUCCAUUUGCGAGGAUUUCUCGGAGGGUAAACAAGUAAGUGACGCAUUUGUGGGUGGCUCUAAUGUACCCCAUACAUUGAAAGGUCUGCAAGGUUCCUUAAGGUUUAUGAAUUCUUUAAUUUUGGACUACAAGUCAACGAACCAUAUAAUAGCACCUCCACCGCAACAAACAGAUAUAAUGUCGGGCUUAACUCCCUUGACAGAAAUGGUCACAGAUAAAAACGGCUUAGGCAUACCGAUGGCAAUGUCUUUACCAAUAACUGAUCAAAUACCCUUAACGGAGUCAAUCUUACAAGAGCAGCACGAUCAACAAAAUAAUAUUCUUUACAAUAACCAGAUGACACACCUUGACCCUGCUCGGCGGACACCUUCGAGCACACUCUACUCACCACUGAACAAUAAUGAUAAUCCUCAUAAUCACGGCAAUAAUAAUAAUCAUAAUCAUCAUCCUAAUAGUCAAGCCGAUCCUCAACCGUUACCUGGGCGUGACUUUAUUGGUACGAACACUAACAUCAAUAAUAAUAGCAGCAACGAUAAUACAGGUACUAGUAAUGGUGAAAUUAAUAUCAAUAAUAAUGCUAACCUGCGCAUCUCUUUGGGGCAAACUGAAUUAGACUCGUUGAACCUUGGAGCAAAUCAAUUUUUUUUCGACAGCACAGACUUGCUGAAUAGUAGCGAUAACAUUUUAUCGGCUCUACAUGAUAUCCAACAGACCCCUGGUGAUCAGAAUAACCGCAACAACAACGAAGAAAACUUUGAGAGUGGAUAUACAGCAGACAAUGUUACAGGAAACAAUGCCGGUAAUGACAGUCCUUCUGCGAACGUCGGCAAUGCAUCUGAUUUAAACGUUUCUUUCUUUCACCAUUGA